GUAAGAAAGUGACAGCUAAAAGAAGAAAGGAAGAAGUGAACACAAGUUCUCGUCUGUCCGCUGCUCUGGAUUUACGCUUGCAGUGACCAGGGCAAUUCUGAGAGUGUGGAUAUGACAGAUCCUCGCUAUAAGGGGAUCUGCAUGUAGCUCACUCACGGUCUUCGUGGAUUCUAUCAUAUCUGGGUUUACUGCGUACAGUUUCUCCGAAAGUCGCUUGCCAGGAAGCAAAGGCGAGCUCGGUAGACAGACCUUUUAAGACUUUUAAAAGCGAAGGUCAUCAUGUCGGGUAACGCUGGGAUCUACGCGGUUAAGAAACGGAAGAAGCCCGUUCAGAAAAUGCCCAAGCCCCCGCCCCCCGAGGGCAUCAAGUCGAACCCGUCCAAGCGGCACCGGGACCGGCUGAACGGGGAGCUGGACCGGCUGACCGGCCUGCUGCCCUUCUCGCAGGACGUGCGGUCACGGCUGGACAAGCUGUCCGUGCUGCGGCUGAGCGUCGGCUACCUGAAGGUCAAGAGCUUCUUCGGCGCGACCAUGAAGAAGGGUGGUGCGGGCUGGCCAGAGGAUCGGACGGCCAUAUUUGGGGGGAACGGGCACAGCGUGACCACGCUUGACGGCGUCUCCUUCUCUGAGGGAGACCUUCUGCUACAGGCUCUGAACGGCUUUGUCCUGGUGGUCACUGCUGAGGGAUACAUCUUCUACGCCUCUGCAACCAUACAGGACUACUUGGGCUUCCAUCAGUCUGACGUGGUCCACCAGAGCGUGUUCGAGCUCAUCCACACAGACGACCGCGCCAUGUUCAGACGCCAGCUUCACUUUGCGUUCAACCCGAAUCAGUCCAGCUCGGAGCAGGACGGCGAUGAAGAGAGCGGUAUGCAAAGUAGCAGUGACAUCACCAGCAACAUCGUGAACUACGACCCGCAGCACAUCCCACCGGAAAACUCCUCCUUCCUGGAGAGGAGCUUCUGCUGCCGGUUCCGCUGCCUGCUGGACAACUCCUCUGGCUUCCUGGCCCUGAACUUCCAGGGGCGGCUGAAGUACCUCCACGGACUGAACAAGGUCUCUGAAGACGGGAACGUGGCUCACCCACAGCUGGCCCUGUUCGUCAUUGCCAUGCCUGUCCAGCCUCCCUCCAUCCUGGAGAUCAGGGCCAAGACUCUCAUCUUCCAGACCAAGCACAAGCUGGACUUCUCUCCCAUGGGCAUCGACACCAGAGGAAAAGUGGUUCUGGGGUACACUGAACUGGAACUGUGCACCAGAGGCUCUGGAUACCAGUUCAUUCAUGCGGCCGACAUGAUGUAUUGUGCAGAAAACCACAUCAAGAUGAUAAAAACAGGUGAGAGCGGUUUCACAGUCUUUAGGUUGCUGACCAAGCCUGGGGUUUGGGUCUGGGUCCAAGCGAAUGCCAGGCUUGUGUUCAAAGGAGGAAGGCCUGAUUUCAUCAUCGCACGCCAGAGGCCCUUGACAAAUGAAGAGGGUGAGGAGCACUUACGACAGAGGAGAAUGCAACUUCCCUUCAACUUUGCCACCGGAGAAGCCGUCCUGUACGAAAACAGCCCCACUCUGGAUUUGCCCAACAUGUCGGCCAACGGCAAAGCCUCUAAUGUGAAGAACAUUCCGGGUCAGAAGGGCCUGGAUCCUAAUUCGAUCCUGGGCUGCAUGCUGCAGCAGGACAAGUCGGUCUAUGCCCAGCUCCCGGAGCCGGAUCCCCAGGCCACCCUGGACAGCGCCUUCUUGGACAGCCGCGCCCUCGUCAACAUCCCUGGCGACCCCUGGCAGCAGGAGGCCCCGAAGCCCAGCUGCGCGAUUAAAGAGGAGGCCUCCGUCAUGGCCAUGAUGGACACCCUGCAGGAGAUCAUGAGCGGCGGCUCCCUGCAGGACCUGGAAGUGGAUCCCGCGGAGCUGGAGCAGUGGGAGGACGCCCUGCUGAGGAUGAACCUCGGUGACGGCAACGCCUCGGAAGAGUUCGCCGACAUCCUCAACAACGAGGUCUUCUCCUACGUGGAGGGCAUUCUGUUCAAGGAGAAUGGCGUGGGCGGCUCCCUCGGUCCGGUCCCCGCCAACGGUUUCCCUGCCAACCCCCGCGGCAACCAGGACUCCUUCGUCGGGAUGCCGGAGAGCCUGCCCGUGAACGCGUUGCAGAACCCCAUACUGCCUGCCAGCCAGAGCUUCACCCACCCAAAUGCGCUGCUCGCUAGUUCCCAAAACCAGCCGAUUGCUGCCAAUCUCCAGGCCGACUACCUUGGUAUGGGUGGCCUAAGCCAUCAAGUAGCAGGAGAUGCAGCCAGAGGCUUCCAGCAACUCCCAUCUAUGAAUGACCCAAUGCAGGACUCCAUGGGGCUGAGCGCUGGGUCAGAUAGCAUGCCUGUACCGCCCCCAUUCCAGCAUGCGCAGCUGGGGGGCAUGUUUACCCAGUCUACAGGGCUCCCAGUCCCCACUUCCAAAACCUUUUUGAGUGAGAACAACCAGAGUCCCCAUAACACUACCUUGCCAGGGCCUCGUGCUCAGAUGCACAACCAGGUCAGCCAGCGCCUGCCUGGGUCAAAGACUCUUUUCAGUCCCAGCAGGCUGAAUGGUUUUGGCCAUUUGCCCCAGACACAGAUACAGAUGCCUGCUCAGGGCACGGCAGGGCAGGUCCAGCCCAAUCCAAUGGCCUCAUUGAAGGCCAGGCUUACUGCCCAUCAAUCAACCGUUCAGCUGCAAAAUUCUGUCAGCCAAUCAAACCACAUGGCUUCAGCACAGGAGAAUGGGUGGGUCCCCUCUAUUCCCAAUGCUAACUUUGCAGACAACCUGCUGGAAGCCUUUACCCCAAACAGUUUAGCUCCGCAAGACUUCCUCUUGGAACCUGAUCCCGGUGCUUGCCUUCAAAGACAUUUGUCGCUUCAGACUCAAAAUAAUCAAAGACUACAGUCAUGGCAGCACCAACAGCAACUUCCUGCUACAUUGCCAAAUGGCCAUCAACAUCCAUCCAGCUGCUUCAGCCAGACGCCAGAAUUCCCAAGGAACCCGCUAACGGCCAUUUUGGCUCAGAACUCUGAAAACUACAGUGCUGGCUAUGGACCUCAGAACGGUGGUGUGUAUCCUCCCCAGGCAGCGGUGGCAGAUAACACACCUCUGUCAGGCAACAGCUGCAUGUUCGAGAGCAGCUCGUCCCCGGGGAUGCAGUUCGGCGGGGUGGGGCUGGCUGGCUCUCUCUCUUCAUGCCAGAACAGAAACCUGACCCACGGCCAGAGCUACCCGCAGGCAUCCUGCUACUUCCCGAGGAACCCCGGCGAGCCCGUCAUGGGAAGCUCGGCCGGCCCCGCCUAUGCCUCCCUGUCCAGCAAGACGGCUCCAGGGUUCUCCCCGGAGAACCUGCUGGCUUCACAGCAGUACCUUUCCUACAGCGGACAGGCACAGAUGCCAAGUUGUCUGUUGGAAGAAAAUGGAUCUCCGUCCAUCCCUCUCUCUGUUCCUCCACUCACCAACGGGACCGCGUUUUACACAGAGAACAACCAGAGCAGGUGCUGUGAAUUCUAGAGGGGAGUGCUGUCUAUGAUGGAAAGGGACAUUGAGAGCCCGGAGGGGCAGCGUAGCACUUGAAAAGGAAUGUCGCGAGCCGCACGCGUGACAUCACAACCGCCUACGCAGGAAGCGCCUCUCCUCCUGCGACCGAGGCUCGACGUGCACAUGGGCCCUCAGUGCUCCUCGAACGCGGGACUACGCAGGGUCCUGCUUCGGAAACAGAUGCUCAGCCAGGGUGCUUUACAUAGGAUUCACCAAUGUGUCUUGUCUUUGAGCCAAGCUGCUGAGGAAUAUAUUUAUGGGGUUUUUUUUUUUUUUUUUGUCUUUUGUCUUUUUUUUUUGCAGUAAUUACUGUUGGUCUACAUCUCGAUUUGAGUCACACAAUUGAUUUGGUCAUCACCAAUGAGACUGUACAAUGAAGCAAAGGGGGAGAUGCACAGUAAUGCCAUCCUUUAGAGUUGCAAUUCCUCGGAAUAUGAGUGAAGCAGACUGAAAAUGUCACUGACGGGCUGUGGGAACAGCACAGACUUCACAGUAGAAUGACAUGUCUAUUAAAGUCAGUGGACUGAGGCCACUGUAGCGUAAGCACUUAAGAGGAAGGAGGUGGAGAAAAAUUACACCUGGAAAAAACAUGAAUGAAAACACAUGACAGAACACUUGGGGGGGGGGGGGGGGUUGGGGGUGGAGCUAGCAGUAUCUGAGGCUCUUCCCAGGGACUGUCUGUAAUUUAAAGGCAAGAAGACUCUGCUACUGCCACUCUUAAAAGUUUAGCAUGAGUUUCACUUUUACUUGUGAAAUAUAACGACAUAUGUUAAUCCGAAUGCUAUAACGGUUUUAUAAAGAAUGUUUAUUGACAAAAAAUAUGUAUCGUUUAUUCAUCCACCUUUGUAUUAAUUUAAACAUGCAUCUGCAUAUACUGUAAUUGCAAUAAUGAUUGUGUCAUUGAGCCAUUCAUUGUCCUUGCUGUCUGUUGUACAUAGGAUUGGGGUUCUUGCAUUCGUGUUUGGCUUGUGCUUCUAUCGGUAAAACACUCAAGAAGGAAGCGGCUUAGGUUGAAAAUGUAGCCCCCAUUUGUAGUAUAAAAGGGCGUGAUCCCUGCCUCACACGAAAAUGAAUGUUGGACAGAGGCGCACAAAUGGCUGAACCUCAUGUGUGAUUGACAGACCUUUUCUUCUGAAGUUUAUUACCGUUAAUUAUGCCAUUAACUAUGCAGAAUUAUCUAUGUGGAAUAUCUGUGCAUAAUUAACUCUUUGGAAUAACUGUGCAAAGGACCUCGUUCACAAGCUUCCUGCAAAAUAAUGACCAACCAGUGCCUUAUUGAUAUCAUUAAGAUGGAGGUUUAUACUUUGCACGUGUUUGUGUGUGCGUGUGUGUGUGUGUGUGUGUUUGAACGCAUCUAUUUUGUGAGAACUGUGUGUAUAGUGCUUUAUGUACGAGUGAAUUAUUAACUCUCUGUACAAUAAAUGUGUCAGGAUUUUUUUUUUAUUAACUAGAGACAAACUGUGCAAGCACAUUCAAGUAUUAAAAUGGCCACCAGCUUGUAAACAGAAUAAGAAGUUUCCAAAAUAUUCCCAAAAUAUUUUUGUAACUUGUAAAAUAUAUAAUUAUUUUCUUUUUUUCUCACAGAAAUGUCAAUGUUGAUAAAGCUGAUAUGCUUUAGCUGAUGCAGUUUAUGCUUCAACAUUAGUAUGUUGAAGCAUAGUGCUAUAUGCUGAUAUUCACCCCAAAAGCAUAUUUUAUAAAUAUGCUGAAGUUGAAUAUGCUAAAAUUCUCCAUAAAUUGAGAGUGAAAUCCACCACGAACUACAUCUUUCUCUGGAAAUCAUUAAUUUUUCCUUGGCAUAUAAAGUGUAUUUUUUAGUAACCAUUGAUUCACCAAAAUGCAUGAAGCAUGUAUUAGAAAUGCAGAAAGAUUAGCUGUUCAAAACAAAGAUAGUGGUGUUGUAACAGAAGACUCAGCAUGGGAACUGCAUUUUCAAUACCUGCUCUCUCCUUCACCUCCUAUACCAAAGCAGGACUAUCCUUUCUCUAUUCUUUACAAUUCAUGGUUAAUUUAUAAAAAUAAAAAAAAUUCAGAAGGGACAACCAUUGUACCUUGUAGUGAAGACAAGGAAGUCAAGGCAGCUAUGUCUUAAAAGUGCAUCACUGAAAACACACUAGAGCAAAACAUAUCGCUCAUUUAUGUUUCACAAGCCCGACACAAAGAAAGGAAAUUUCUGUAACUUUACAAUAGUGGCAUUAUUUUAAUUUUUUUUUUUCUGGAGGGGGGGGGGGUAACAAAUUUGCACCAAGUGCCUUAAGUAAUUUGUUGAUAACAUAAAGAGAUUUAAAAAGCUUUUGGUUUCUUUUCCUUUUCUGAAGGUUUUAAAGGGUGACCAGAUUGGAAAGGGCUAUGCAGUCUGUUCCAAAUACAAGUUAAGAGAUUAUAACUCACAGUGAGUUGCGUUUAUGUUGAACUAGCAGCUGUGUCUCUUAUUUUGUGUGAAGAAAUUCUGUUAUAAUGGGAUGUUUAUUCAUCUUUAAGCAUUGUACACAUCGUGUUACGUGUUGGAGUGGCUAUCUACGAUUAGGAUUGGACCAUAUGAAAUAAUUAAUGGGUGAACAACGUUACCUGACAGACAUUGUUAGUUUUGCCAAGGAUCUGUUUAGGGGUGCAUUUGAAGAAAUGGUGAUGGAAAGUGUUAAAAUGACGGAAUUUGUAGGACUGCACACAAGACUGCCAAACAAGUCAUUUGCUGUUUUACUUCACUUCUGAAGCAGCUGGCUUGCAUUAACUUCUUUAGCUUUUAAUAUUUAAACAGUGAAGCUGGACAAGUCAUUCCAAGAGAAGUGUCUUUGUGUUUGUUGUGUCAAUCUGCAUAGUAUUUUGAGCGUUGUCAUCCACUACACUGGGCUCAAGCUGCAGUCAGUCUUCUAGCUCUGAGGUGUUUUCUGUGAGAUUUGUAUGAAUAGAAACACCAGCCUUUUCCCUGCUCAUAUAAUGGAUUCUAAGUGAUGCUGCUACAUUUUUAUUUGAAAGGCAGUAUCAGUGUAUUGCAUCUAAUUGCAUCUAGUGUCUUGCUUUGUGCCACAUGUCCUUAUAAAGUCCUCACUGGCCAUGUAUUGCUUUUGUACAUUUCCCACAACUAUUUGUAAGCUUUUGUUGACAAUAAAAAAAAUGCAGUAUAUAUCAUGUAGCUUUUAAAGUGCUUCUUACAGUGUAUCAACAACAAUCCAUCAUGCUGCUCCCCAAUGUUAUAUUUCAUCUUUAUUAUUAAAGAGGUUUUAAAUGACUUCA